UUUGGAGUAGCAGAUUGGAUGCGGACCAUUGCUACGCUCCCUGUCGACCUUCGCGGUCAUGCACCUCGCAAACGAUGCUAUACUCGCGAGCUGCGAAAGACUUGCUCUUGGACCCGGUUUCAUGGCAGGCCUGCGCAAACCGCCGGCAUUCAUAAGAAGCUGGUGCUUCGUCGAAGCAGCAGGGCUCUUGAUCGAAGGAUAACCCAUCCCCACCACUUCAUCUAGCUGCGAAUAUGGCAGUCAUGUCUUGGGCGCUUCUUUUCGCUUGCCAGGUCGCCUCGCUGGUGCCGGCGACAUUGGCUUCACCAGACCUUGUCUCUGUCAGACCUUCCGCAGACCUGCAGAGAGGCUCUUUGGCCAAUGCGCACUUCCAUUGGCAGUCAUCAGACGCUCUCACACAUUCAGCUGAAAGGCACAACGACUCUCACUACUCUGUCACGCAGGGUUUGUGCGACGGAAGCUUCCAACGAGGGGUUGCGACGUUCUCGGGCAAGCCAGAACGAUUGGCUUGGGUCGUUUCGGAAGACAUUGUCGAGCAAGGUUGCCUCUUCGUUCAGCAUCAGGGCGCCGAGGGAGAAGAGCCACACAUCGUGGGUCGCAGCAGCGCCUUCGAUGUUGCGCAGCCGCGUGUAUUCAAGCGUGCUGCCGAUUUUCAAGAGGAGAAUCCGUUGCUGAAAGAUUUCGAGUCCCUGGGAGCUUGGUUCGAUGGUGUCGCCGCUAUCAAGGCCAAGACUAACAGCGACGGUGUGGUCGUUUCCCGCAGCAAAAAUACCUCCAUAGGUAUCGUCGGAGCUGGAGUCGCAGGCUUGGCUACAGGCCUCAUGCUGGACAGCGUGGGUCUGCGCAACUGGCACAUCAUUGAAGCCAGCGACAAAGUCGGUGGUCGUUUCAGAUCGCGAUACGUCGGACCGACGAAGGAGAUUGCUGAGAUGGGACCUAUGCGAUUGCCCUACAAUGUCAAAUACGACGAUGGCGAGGUUCUACCUUACACAGAUCACCAGUUGACCUUUCAGCUGUUCGACUGGCUGAACGACUUGAACAAAAAUGCCAGUGAUUACAAGAUUGAUCUCAUCGACUGGAUCCAACAUUCGCCAAACGAGCUGCUUGCGCGUGGCACCGGCAGACUGGCGGAUGGAGGCAUUCCCACCCGAGCUGACAUUGCCGCGAAUGCUUCAUUGGCCCAGCCCAAGCCUUUGGAUAGCGAGGCGUACAACGACACCAAGUUGCGCAUGAACGACAUUCUGCUGAACAAGGAGCGGCUCAAGUCGAUCCAGCGAGAUGUGUGGAGAGCGCACAAGCUGGCAAUGGAUCAGGGUCUCGACGACUGGAGCGAACAGGCUUUCAUGAGGCACGUGUUCAAAGCCAGCGAGAACGUUACCGAUGCGAUCUGGACCUCCAGCGACUACGACGUUUUCUGGGAUGAGCUGCACCACAACUCCAAUCUGGGCCUUAGCGGUGGUCCUGGAGCACUAGGGGAAACUCGGUGGAAAGCCGUUGCGCAAGGAUUCAGUCGCAUUGGAGAAGCCUUCCUCCCUCACGUUCAGGACAGACUGACGCUCAACAGACAGGUGCGCAAACUUGAGAACAUUGGCAAUCGCACACGCAUCUCGUGGUAUCCCAGCGAGGCGAAUCGCACGUUCGAGUCGGCCGACUUUGAUUAUACGAUUAUGGCUGCACCUUUCACAAUGACGAGAUUCAUGGAUCUACCGCCCUUCUCCUCCGUCCUAUCUCGUGCCAUCUCUGAGGCAGGCUUGCGAUUCAAGUCGGCUUGCAAGGUCGGUCUGCUUUUCAGGGAGCGCUUUUGGGAAAAGGGCGACAGACCCAUCUUUGGUGGCUACUCUCAGCCUUCAAGCAAUGCCGUCGGAGCCCUCUACUACCCAAUCUUCAAUCUCAACCAGACGCGUCCAGGUUUGAUUUUGCAUUACCGCGGCGGAGACUGGAGCGAUCGCAUGGUCGCGCUCACGGACGAGGAGCAUGUUGGUCUGGUUUUGGAUUCCAUCGUGGAGCUCCAUGGUCAACAAGCACGCGAACUGUACACUGGGGACUACGAGAGGCUUUGCUGGUUGUCCGACAGGUUCACAGCCACCUCAUGGACUCGACCUGACAUUGAGCAGCACAAGCUCUACAUCCCAUCCUACCACGUCACGGAGCACAACACGAUCUUCAUUGGCGAGCACACUGCCCCGACGCAUGCGUGGAUUAGCUCAUCUCUGCAUUCUAGCGUCAGAGGUACAAUUCAGCUCUUGUUGGAAUUAGGGCUCGUCGACGAGGCCAAACAGCUCAACCAGCAGUGGAUGGGCCGAUGGAUACGCCUCUAGGUGUGGGAUGUAGAGGAGCGUAGAGAGGUUGAGGACAUUUGUGCGCAUUUGCUCUCCCUCGACGGGCGGAAUUGCGGUCUCCUCGAUAUGGUGCAAUGCAUCUGUUCAGAUACAAUGAGACUUCCUUCACGUGCCGCUAAGGACGCCAAUAUGAAUGGCACUUGUCCUCAUGCGCGAACAAAAAGUUGGCUAUACCGGCGUCCGACACCUUUGCCACCCUCUUUGGCGAGACGUGUGCGAGUUUGCCGAAACCUAGAUUGCUAAAUAUGGCAUUCUGCCGC